GCGGAGCCGCUCUGCCCCGCGCCCUAGCCCGCGCCUGCAGCCCGCCCAGGCGGAGUCAGCCCGCGCUCCGCCCGCUGCGAUCCGGGCUCGGAGGUUCGGACUCCGGGCUCGCCGCCCCCCGGGCCGGCUCCGCGCCCCGCACUCCCGGCGCCCAGCGCCCCGCGCCCCGGCGGGCGGAGCGCACCAUGCCGCAGCUGGACUCAGGCGGGGGCGGCGCGGGCGGCGGCGACGACCUCGGCGCGCCGGACGAGCUGCUGGCCUUCCAGGAUGAGGGCGAGGAGCAGGACGACAAGAGCCGCGACAGCGCCGCCGGUCCCGAGCGCGACCUGGCCGAGCUCAAGUCGUCGCUCGUGAACGAGUCCGAGGGCGCGGCCGGCGGCGCAGGGAUCCCGGGGGUCCCGGGGGCCGGCGCCGGGGCCCGCGGCGAGGCCGAGGCUCUCGGGCGGGAACACGCUGCGCAGAGACUCUUCCCGGACAAACUUCCAGAGCCCCUGGAGGACGGCCUGAAGGCCCCGGAGUGCACCAGCGGCAUGUACAAAGAGACCGUCUACUCCGCCUUCAAUCUGCUCAUGCACUACCCACCCCCCUCGGGAGCAGGGCAGCACCCCCAGCCGCAGCCCCCGCUGCACAAGGCCAAUCAGCCCCCCCACGGUGUCCCCCAACUCUCUCUCUACGAACAUUUCAACAGCCCACAUCCCACCCCUGCACCUGCGGACAUCAGCCAGAAGCAAGUUCACAGGCCUCUGCAGACCCCUGACCUCUCUGGCUUCUACUCCCUGACCUCAGGCAGCAUGGGGCAGCUCCCCCACACUGUGAGCUGGCCCAGCCCUCCUCUCUACCCCCUGUCCCCUUCCUGCGGAUAUAGACAGCACUUCCCUGCCCCCACUGCAGCCCCUGGCGCCCCCUACCCCAGGUUCACCCACCCAUCCUUGAUGCUAGGUUCUGGUGUACCUGGUCACCCAGCAGCCAUCCCCCACCCGGCCAUUGUGCCCCCCUCAGGGAAGCAGGAGCUGCAGCCCUUCGACCGCAACCUGAAGACACAAGCAGAGUCCAAGGCAGAGAAGGAGGCCAAGAAGCCAACCAUCAAGAAGCCCCUCAAUGCCUUCAUGCUGUACAUGAAGGAGAUGAGAGCCAAGGUCAUUGCAGAGUGCACACUUAAGGAGAGCGCUGCCAUCAACCAGAUCCUGGGCCGCAGGUGGCACGCGCUGUCGCGAGAAGAGCAGGCCAAGUACUAUGAGCUGGCCCGCAAGGAGAGGCAGCUGCACAUGCAGCUAUACCCAGGCUGGUCAGCGCGGGACAACUACGGGAAGAAGAAGAGGCGGUCGAGGGAAAAGCACCAAGAAUCCACCACAGACCCUGGCUCGCCUAAGAAAUGCCGUGCUCGCUUUGGCCUCAACCAGCAGACGGAUUGGUGUGGUCCGUGCAGGAGGAAAAAGAAAUGCAUUCGGUACUUACCCGGAGAAGGCCGCUGCCCCAGCCCCGUUCCUUCCGAUGACAGUGCUCUAGGCUGCCCCGGGUCCCCAGCUCCCCAGGACUCACCCUCAUACCAUCUGCUGCCCCGCUUCCCCACAGAACUGCUUACUAGCCCUGCGGAGCCGGCACCUACAUCCCCAGGUCUCUCCACUGCUCUCAGCCUCCCAACCCCAGGGCCCCCACAGGCCCCCCGCAGCACCCUGCAGAGCACACAGGUACAGCAACAGGAAUCUCAGAGACAGGUGGCCUAGCAGGCACAAGACACCUGGCCACAUCCAGGAGCCUACCCCCUGAGAGAAAGUGACAGAGACCCAGAUCUCAUGGAAACUGGCCAGGGGUCCUGUUAACGUCAUCUCAGGGUCCAGACCCUGAAGAUUUCAGAGGCUGCAGAACUUCUGCCUGAACCUGGGGUCAUCGAUUCAAACUGCUCCAAGUGGUGGGAAUCAGAUCUGUCUUGAUGUGUCAUCUAAUUAAGGGAAUCCCUUGUACCUAUGGCUGCCUGCAUCUAUUCUUUGUACCAUCUGUCUUGCCAGCCAGAAGCCUCUGCCUCCCUAGCUUUUCUGCUGUAGGUCAGAGAUGGGCUGAACUGAGCCUAGCUACCUUCUCUACCCAUCUCCCCCAUCCCCCACUGCCACACCCUCCCCAUUCAGACACUUCAUGGACCAAGAAUGAGCUGGUUUGUCAAACAACAUGUGAGCAUGGUCACAACCACAAAGCUCAAGAUGACAGCUCUUCUAAGGAAAUGGAGAAGCUCUGUUUAUAAAAACAAAAACAAAACCAGCUGCUACUCAUAAGUUGGACCAGAGGAAGCCCCUUACUAUGAUCUCAGGAGCUUGCAAGGAGCAGGAAGGGGAAUGGAAUAGGUUAAGUUUAGGCCUAUCAACCUAAGCAACAGAAAUAAUCUGACACUACCUUAUCAGGCAAAUUGGGGAGGGGAGGGUGUAUCUAGCUCUAGUUCAAAUUUGGAAGUGUUCCCUGAGAAACCCACCAGCCUAAGAAGCUCUGGCCCCAGGCUUGUCACUAGCAGCUACAGUCAAUAGUUCAAAGAAGUCAUGGCCCAAAUCCAGUGUGCACCCCUCCCCGUUCACAGAGCCUUUUUCACAAUUCCAUUUCCAGUUCAUCUAUGGCAGUCCAGCCAGCUCCUGGGCAGCUUGAGAGGGCAAACCCAAAACCUCACGACAGCCAGAGCCUGUCUUUCAGCAUUCAGUCCAGGCCGGCUCCAGUUUCCCCAUGGGGCUGCGGGACAGAGGACCAUUACAACUAGAUCAAGGAGCCCAGAAAACCUCCAGUAGUGGACAACAGGUUUUCACCAUAGCCUACGUUAACCCAUUUUUGAGCCAAGCUUCAACCCUCAGCCUUGAAAAACAAGUCUUUUUUAAUUUAAUUUUUGUUUUUUGCCUAAAUCCAAAGAAAAAGGGCUGUCGGGCCAGGCGCGGUGGCUCACGCCUGUAAUCCCAGCACUUCGGCAGGCCGAGGCAGGUGGAUCACCUGACGUCAGUAGUUUGAGACCAGCCUGGCCAACAUGGUGUGAAACCCUGUAUCUACUAAAAAUACAAAAAUUAGCUGGACGUGGUGGUGCGCGCAUGUAAUCCCAGCUACUCGGGAGGCUGAGGCAGGAGAAUCACUUGAACCCGGGAGGCGGAGGUUCCAGUGAGCCGAGAUGGCGCUAUUGCACUCCAGUCUGGGUAACAGGGAGACUGCAUCUCAAAAAAAAAAAAAAAAAAAAAGGCUGUCCAUGUACUCACACACCCCUCAAAAAAAGCCUUUAGUUCCUACUUUAGCCACUGGUUUCUCAGAAUCCAAAGAUCACAUAUUCUAGUGUAACACUGCAAGAAGUCUUGAGAAAAAGAUUAUUGUAGUGUUCAAAAUAUUUUUGUAUUGUUAAUGCAUCAUCAUAGAAAAACUUUUAAACAUGAGAAUAAAGAUACUUUUUACUGGG